CUUCAUUCAACAAGUGCAUCGAGGUGUGGACGGGUGCACAUCAAUCGGCAUUUAUUUUUUUACUAGUUUAUUUUUUAAUAAUUUCGUUUUCGGGUAUGAUGUGGAGUUUCUCGCUGAUUUCUCUCCUCUGUGGAGCCAUCGUCCUGGUGAUAUCACAUGAUAUUGCGCUGGACUGUCAUGAUUUUGAAGGUGUCCUUAACAGAUAUAAUGUCUCUCCAUCCAAGCUGGGAGACUUGAGAGGACAUUCGGUGACGCUGAAUGGAAUAAAUAUGCUCAACAUUAGCUGGGCGGUCAAUAUUGAUGCUACUAUUAAACAUCUUGAAGCCACUCACAUAAGAUUUCCAGGGAAAGAUGUACUCUGUAAAUAUAUUCCACCUUUGGGCAAAGCAAACAUCUCUGAAACCCUAAAGCAGGUAUGGUUUAAUUAUUUAACGAAGGCAGAGAUUGGCCACAAUUUAAUCCAAGCUGCCAAUACCCCUUUGCCUCAAUAUGAAGGUGGCCCUGUUUACCUGCGUGUCAACAUCAGGGUAUUCCCAAAACCAUUUCGUGCAGUAAAGUCUACAGUCGCGCCCACUCCUCCCAUGACCAUUUCUACUCCAGUCAUUCCACAUAGGAAUAACCACCGUGAACUGUUGGCCAUUUUUGGAGGGCUGUCCGGUUUGAUGCUCCUGAUUUCCUGCUUCUUUAUCUAUAAGAACUGUUUUGUCAGCUUUACCCCAGCAUUGGGUUAUAAAGGUGCGGCUACAUCUCCCGUGGUUUCUGUCCCGGUCCUCAUGGUGUAUCCUGCUGAGAACUCGACAUUCCAGAGCGCUGUGGUAGCCCUGGCAGACUUCCUCCAGCAGCACGGGAGCUGCAGCGUGGCUAUUGACAUCUGGCAGCAGGGAAACAUCGCAAAGCUGGGUCCAAUGCGCUGGUUGGCAGGACAGGUCAAAGCUGCAGAGCGAGUGCUCAUUGUCUGUCCUCAGCCUGGCCUCUCUCCUCCCACUCUAGACUUUCCAGGACCCUCCAUCCCGGCUGCUGCUCAGGAUCUGUACUCUCUGAUCCUCAACAUGGUGGCGAGCAAUGCAAAAAGCUCCACUGAACUGGCCAAGUACUGGGUGGUGGAGCUGGGUGAGCAGAGGGACAGGAAGUCUGGAAACCUGGCCCUGGAACUGAGAAGCUGCAAGAGAUUUUGUUUGAUGAAGGACUUGAACAAGCUCUUCAGAAGUCUUCAUGGCCAGAGGCAGGAUAAAAUGGAGACAAUGUCAGGCGUGUUCUUCAGACCAAGGAUCACCUUCGAUGAAAAGAAUGCAGGAACGUUAAGAGCUGCUGUACAAAAGCUGAGUGGACAUCAGCCAAGAAUAGUCAGAGAAACAGAGUGAUCACAAUGUACUCUAAUGACUGUUUGAGCAUUAUAAAAAAACAACAACAAUAAUAAGCUCAUAGAUACUUGAAUUUCCCCUUGUGGGACUAAUAAAGGCUUAUCUUAUCUUAUCUCAUCUCAUCUCAUCUCAUCUCAUCUCAUCUCAUAUCAUAUCAUCUCAUAUCAUCUCAUCUUAUACAUAAAGCACAUGGGUUAUGUAGUCAAUAGACAUCAAAUUGUUUCAUUAAUACAACUGUUACACAUUCAUAUUAUUGGAGAAAAGCAGAGAAUUUUGUCCCUGAAUUUUGCAAUGUGUUUCCUGAAUUGUGUGUGUGUGUGAUAUUCCCUGGAAUUAAUUUAUUUCUAUCUGAGGUAACUUCACUGGCAAGUCAGAGUGACCUGGCAAAUUGACAGAGCUAUGGAAUGCUUGGUUGUGAGAGUCAACCAACAAAGAUUGGGAGGGUCAUUAAUAACAUAGCAUCAUAUGUGACUAAAGAGUCUACCACGUACGCAUCAGAUGGUUAGUGUCUUUUAUGGAAACAAUGAUCACCUCUGUAUAAAACCCCUGUCGAAUAAAGAAUGGGAGAGAUUCCCUGAGACCAUUCCAGAGUUGUAGUUUCUUCUUUAUUUUCUCCACAACAAUAUGUUUUAUUUGUUACUGCUUAGCUUAUAAAGCCACAUGAUUUAUGCUAAUGCUGGAUGUAUCUCUGAAGCAUGACCUGAAGACCCCUCAUCAUAUUUGUUGCAACAUCUAAGGUGCUCUGUGGUUUCCAAAGAUAAAAAAUAAAAACAUUUUUUUCAUAGUCAUCAAGCAGAUUUUAGAAAAACCUGUAAAAAGAAAGAAAUAUGCAAAACAGUGAAGUGUGGUUUUUCACAAAUGGUUUAAACUAUGGGAUAUAAGUCACUAGUAUUUCUUGCAAACUAUUCCAACACAAGGCAGCUUUUCAAGUUUUAUUCUUGUCAGUUACAACUUAUUAAAUCAUUUCUGUAAAAAAAUUCAUUUUAUCCAGAACUUCGAGGAUGUUUUACACUCUGGACUGUGGAAUUGUUGGCAGACUAAACCAUUGUAACAACUGAAUCACCAUAUCUGCGGACGCAUUGCUUUGAGUCUUAAUAUAUUUUGUUUAUAUAUUUAUGCCAUAUGUGUGUAGUUUACCACAAACUAUAAGUAAAAGCUGCAUGCUCUUUAAUGUUAUACUGUAUAUCUUUAAAUAUUUUUCAUUUAGAAUACUUUAGAUAAUUUCUGACUAGUAUAUAGGAAUUCAGCCAAAUAACUACAGUAUUUAAUGUCAGUAUGUUAUGAUUUUACUGCUUUUAUCUUCCUUUUUAUGUUUACUACCAGCCUAAAAACCCUGGGUUACCUGUAAUCGUGUAUGCGUCUGACCCCUACAUUAAAUGAUGUGAAUAGAUGGGCAUAAAACUGAUGGUUGUGUGUUAUACUUUGAAUGAUCCAGUAAGUAAGUAAGUAAGGUGUAUUUGUUGCAACUUUAUGUUGAUAUUGUUAACUUCUCAUAAAAGAUGAGUGAGUACCUGUGUUAAUAAGAAGGGUUGAAAACCAGUUCUUUAUUAGUUGAGAAAGGGGUGUGAUGAGAUUAGGGCAUGUCUUUUCAUGGAAGAGAAGAAUAAAUUAAAAUGUCAAAGCUA